CUAGAAGAAACAUUUGCACCUAAGAAACCUCAUCCUUCUUUUCAAGAUCAAAAGCAAACCAGAUCCCCACCACCAUGUCUUGCUGCUGUGCUCCCCGAUUCUGCUGCAGUGUCCCCACUGGCCCUGCCACCACCAUCUGCUCCUCUGACAAAUGCUGCCGCUGUGGAGUCUGCCUGCCCAGCACCUGCCCACACACUACUUGGCUCCUGGAGCCCACCUGCUGUGACAACUGCCCCCCACCCUGCCAUAUUCCUCAGCCCUGUGUGCCCACCUGCUUCUUGCUCAACUCCUGCCAUCCCACCCCAGGUCUGGAGACCCUCAACCUCACAACCUACACUCAGUCUGGCUGUGAGGACCCCUGCAUCCCAAGCUGCUGCUGAUGGAUCUCUGCUUCACUCAGUGCCUGAUACUGAAGAAGCUGUCUGUUCAGAAUUCAUUCGCCGCAGUUGUGUAUCAGACACAGACCGGAUAGUCCACUUCCAACUUUCACUUUAAUAGAAAGAAAAUCAAGAAAUAUAUAUGGUUAUUUGACUAACCACUGUUCGUUGGGCAGGUGAAUGACAUUUAUUAUCAAAACACUAUUGAAAUCUUUUAAAGCUCUGACUCCAGUUUGGUCAUGUUAUUUCUUGUAUUGAGUAUUUUCGCAGAGAAAAAAUUUCUUGAUGGGCUAUUGAAUAAAUUGUAUAUCUGGCUAA